AUGACCUCCCCUUCAACACAACGCCGCCUCGAAAAAGAGCUCGAAAACUUCACCCGCGACCCUCCUCCCAACUGCUUCGCAAAACCCGACGAUGAAAGCAACAUCCUCACCUGGACCGCCAUCAUCUCCGGUCCGAAAGACUCACCCUACGCAGGCGGACGCUUCGAGCUGAUUAUCCAGUAUCCUUACGACUAUCCGCUUCAGCCACCUGCCGUGCGCUUUAAGACGAAGAUCUACCACCCCAACGUCGACAUUGAGACUGGCUUCAUCGGCAUGGAUAUCCUUCGGGAAGGAUGGAGUCCGGUGUUGACGAUCGGGGCGGUUUUGUUGAGUGUGCAGGCGAUGAUGUCGGAUCCGGAGAUGGGGUGUGUGUUGGCCCGCGAGUUUGAGACGGAUAGAGGUGGGUAUGUUGAAAGGGCGAAGGAGUGGGCGCGGGUGUACGCGAAGGACGAGGAGGUGGAGCUUUGA